AUGAAAUUAGUUGAUAUAUUCCCUUACACUUGGUUAUGUCUAAGAACACUUUUGACGAUCCCAGUUACAGUAGCAUUCGAUGAACAAAGUUUCUCUAAACUUAAAUUAAUAAAAACUUAUUUACGUUCCUCAAUAACAGAUGAUAGGAUCUCGUCGUUAGAAACUCUGUCAAUUGAAAAUGAUUUAGUCCAAAAAGUUAAUUAUGAAAAAGCAAUCAAAUAG